AAGGCAUACGGGCGGGCUUGCCGCUGCCGCCGCGCAUGCGCACGCAACGACGCCUGCUAGGCAGGGGCACGGUUGGUCUAAGAUGGCGGCGCCCUGCGCUUUUGAGCCGUGGUUGGAAGGGCGGCUGGAGGCGCUGGGGCUCGACGGCGAUGUCUACGGGGGUUAUAUACGAGGGGUAUUACGAGAGGCGGAGUGCGACGCAGAGCGUCUGGAAGGGCUGGCGGGGGCGUUGGCUGCGGGGGAACCGGAUGAAGAUGUACUCCAAGAUGUUUGCAGAGAAAUAGUUGAAAAGUGGUCAGAGGCACAAAAUGCUGGAACUAAUGAGAAAAAAGAUGAGAUCGAAGCCAUUGCCAGCAUCAUUGAAAAGCAGGCACAGAUUGUGGUGAAGCCAAAAGAGAUUUCUAAGGAGGAGACACUACAGAAAGCUGCCCUCCUGGCCCAGUAUGCUGAGGUAACAGAUGAAGAAGAUGAAACAGAUGUUCAGGAUGAUCCAGGAGCAGCAGCAGUAACUAUCAACCCUGAAAAAUCUUUGUUCAAAAAUACCAACCUGGAAGAUGUGGUGAAUGCCCGGAAGCUGGAGAGGGAGCAUAUGCGUGAUGAGUCACAUCGGAAGAAAGAGCAAGACAGACUCCAGCGGGAGAAGGACAAGUUGAGUAAACAAGAACGCAAGGAGAAAGAGAAGAAGAGGACACAGAAGGGUGAGAGGAAGCGGUAGCCAGGACAGUAAUUGGACUAUUCCCCUCUCUUCCCUCUGGCCCCCAUUAUCUAAUAUAUUACUCAGCAUGCAUGCAUGUAUGCGUGUACGUACACACACACACACACACACUUUAAAUACUGCGGCGUGUGCUUUCUGAACAGCAGCAUGUCUUCUGUAUUUUGGUGAUGGACUGGCAGGAGUUCUUGUCCUCUUCUUUGAUGCACUGAAAGAAAAUGAUAAUUGUACACAUUUUACUGUCCAAGGGUUGAGCUAAGUGGUGAUGGCCAACAUCUGUAACCAAAGAAUUGUGUGGUAGCUACUCUCCCCCCCCUUGUCAUUUUGUACUUUUAUUAACCACUUCAGGAGAAACAAAAGUUAUGGGGAAGAGCAAAGAUUAAAAAUGUGUCAUGUUUGGAGCUACAGUUCCCAGAAUCGGAUGGCUGAGGGAUUCUGGGAAUUAUCUUCCCAGAAAGUAAUGUUUCCAACCUCCGGGGAAGAGUUUGAACUGCCUUGGCAAAAAUCACUCUAGCCAGAGGUUGCUUAGAUUGAUGCAACUAUGAACAAAAUAGUUUCCCAUAUAUGUAACCCAAGGAAAGGUUUACAAGUUUAUGAAGCUGAUUUAAAAGCCUGGUGAGCGACAAUUAAAUCUUCUGCAGCCAAAAAUAACAGGAUUACUACUACAUUUUGGGGCUGGGCUAGUCAAUCUCUACGUGAUUUUAUCAAGGCUGUAUUUUUGCUGUUUAAGUAAAGUUCUGUGGCUUCUAAUUUAA